GGUAGUAAAAAUGCAUUUGAUGAGCAAGCACUAAUAGCAAUGACAGCUCCACCAAUAAAAUUCUAUCGAGACAUGGAUCCUACUUCAGAAAAAUACUUUGCUUACUUGUAUGAAAACCAACAAAUGUGCGAAAAAUUAUUUCCGCAAGUUAGCGAUGCAAGCUCUUUAUUUAUGGAGCAGUAUUUCCUUUGGAAAGCAUGCUGCAAACU